CCUCCCUCCCUGCCUGCCUCAUCCAUCCGUCCAUCUACCUCUGCCCUUAUAAGUCGAGACCCCGCGUUAGAUCGCACGGGAGGCAGUUGUUGGGUUUCAUAGGCCAAGGUUGUCUCACUUCCGGAAGGCCGGCCGUGGUCCGAGUCUUUCUUUGGUUACUAGAAAUAGCGGCGCCGGUGGUAAAGCUGCAGCAGGGAUCUUGUCUGUCGGCCGGCCGGCCAGGAAUGUGCAGCAUGCAGGCAGAGCAUUGCCAGUACAUGACGGAGCCUGAGCAGAUGUAUCACCAGCAGCAGCAGCAGUUCCACGAUCACAGGCAGCACAUGUCCUCGAGGCCUAGCUUGUCCCCGGAGAAUAAGUUCUUCAUGAAAGGCCAAGGAGGGGCAGGAGCAGGAGGAGGAGGAGAUGCGGGGCUCAUCCUGUCGACGGAUGCGAAGCCUCGGCUCAAGUGGACUCCUGAGCUGCACGAGCGUUUUGCGGAUGCGGUGAAGAAGCUAGGAGGGCCUGACAAAGCUACGCCGAAGGCGAUCAUGAGGGUCAUGGGAAUCCCGGGACUAACUCUGUACCAUCUCAAGAGCCAUCUCCAGAAAUUCAGACUUAGCAAGAAUCUCCAAGCGCAAGCUAAUGCCGUCCAUGCAAAAAAUGUUUAUGGCUUCGGCACAGCGACAGAUAAAGCAUGUGAAGGGCGUGGAUCACCAGCUGAUCACCUGAACAGAGAGACGAACACUAGCAGGUCUAUGCACAUAAACGACGCUCUCCAAAUGCAAAUUGAGGUCCAGAGACGACUGCAUGAGCAAAUAGAGGUACAAAGGCACCUGCAGCUCCGGAUCGAAGCCCAGGGGAAGUACCUGCACUCCGUGCUGGAGAAGGCGCAGGAGGCGCUCGGGAAGCAGCACGUCGUCGCCGGCCUCGAAGCGGCGGAGCCCACGCAGCGGCUGCCGGAGCUAGCCUCGUCGGUGAGACGAGGCCUGCUCCAGAACGACGGUUCGGCCGACGACAGCUGCCUGACCGCGUCCGAGGACAUCCUCUCCAUGGGUCUCUCCGCCUCUGCCACCCGGAGAGGCUGCGGCGCGCCGUUCGAAACUUCGGCGAGCGCGAGCCGCGAGGAGGAUGGGGAGUGCUACCUGUUUCUCGGCAAGCCUGAGGGGCGGCGUGAGGUCAGGAGGGACGGGUGCAGCGGUGGCGCGGCGUUCGGGACGGCGGCGGAGCUGGACCUCAGCAUCGGCGUCGUCGCCGCGAGCAGCAGGCGGCGGCCGGACGGCGGCGAGAGGCUUGACCUGAACGGAUCAGGCUGGAACUGAGUGAGAGGAGCUAAUUGAGAUGCAUGCAUGCCGUGCAUGGCGGAAGCGAAACAUGAUCAUGCAGAGUUUCAGAAGCAGGUGCAUCCGUGCAUGGAAAACCAGAACGGCAGGACAAGAUUGACACGUGGUGCCCUCCUGUAAUGUCUCACAGUCUGUAUGCUGCAGCUGUGACUCGGUGAAAUAGUCAUUUUUCUGUCACGA